AUGGAGAAUGCCAGCCAGCUCAAACCAACGCCUGUCAUCUACGGAGAGCUGUUGAACAUCUCCACUAACGACACCCAUGCCAAUUUCACGUCGAAAGGAGAGGCCAAGGACACUAACCUGGCUUUCCAAGCGGGUCUAGCCGUGACCUUAUCGCUCAUAACUUUCGCCACAACACUAUCCAACGCUUUUGUCAUCGCCACCAUUUACCAGUCCCGAAAAUUACACACUCCGGCCAACUUUCUGAUCGCCUCCCUGGCUGUCACGGACCUCCUGGUGUCCAUUUUGGUGAUGCCCAUAAGCGCACUGUACACGGUGAGUCAAACCUGGACUUUAGGGCAGGUCGUUUGCGAUAUCUGGCUCUCGUCGGAUAUAACGUGUUGCACCGCAUCCAUCCUUCACCUGUGCGUAAUUGCGCUGGACCGCUACUGGGCCAUAACGGACGCGGUGGAGUACUCCAAGAAGCGCACUCCGGGGCGCGCAGCCGGCAUGAUCGCCACCGCCUGGGUGAUCGCCAUCUCCAUCUCCCUACCGCCUUUCUUUUGGCGUCAGGUGAAAGCGGAGGAGGUGACCAGCUGCAACGUGAACACCGAUCACAUUUUCUACACUAUCUACUCCACUUUCGGCGCUUUCUACAUCCCCACGCUGCUCCUCAUCGCCCUGUACGGGAGGAUAUACGUGGAAGCCAGGAAGCGCAUCCUGAAGCAAUCGCCCAGCAAACCGGGGAAGAGACUCACCUCGGCGCACUUGAUCACCAACUCGCCCGGUUCUGUGGCGUCCAACACGUCGCUAAAUUACGGGACGAACGACACCUCCUCCUGUGACACUAUCUCGUCCGCAAAUGUGAGCCAAGUCAAAGUCACUGUGUCCGACGCGCUGCUGGAGAAGAAGCGGAUCUCCGCCGCCCGGGAGAGGAAGGCGACUAAAACUUUGGGAAUAAUCCUCGGAGCCUACAUCAUAUGCUGGCUCCCGUUUUUCAUUUACACUCUACUAGUGCCUGUCUGCGAGUCCUGCUUCCACCCGGAGUUAUUUGACAUUUUCACCUGGUUAGGUUACCUCAACUCGCUUAUCAACCCCAUCAUUUACACCAUGUCCAACGAGGACUUCAAGCAAGCUUUCCACAAACUGAUACGGUUUAGAUGCUGCAGGGCAUGAACUGUGAUU